GAAAAAAGGGGGUAAUGAGCGUAUAGGGCCGAUCGGCUCUGCAGUGACGUCACUGAAGUUGUUGCUUUUUAAAAUCAAAAUUGGUGAUAUUCAACUGAAAACUUGUCUAUCAGUCUCUCGGAAACAUUUUCAAGGUAUCCAGUCUGCUAUGAACAGGACGAUGACGAGUCCCAGGAGGCCGAUAAUCCUCAAGAGGAAGAAACAGCCGUUUCAAAGAAAUGAAGCUGACGAGACACAGAACAAAUCUUCUACGGCGUCUGGAGCAGAAUCCGUCUCUGCAUCUGCACAAGACAGCAUCCGCGUUGUGGACCAUCCCACUAGGCCGGAAGCACUAGUGGUCGUUGUACCAGAAACCGCCAGUCUUCAGAGCCUCCUCGAUGCACUGGAUGCCAAGAGGAAGGAACGUGGUACUCCGGGGCCAAACAAGUUCAUUUUUGUGUUUGGAAGAUGUGGAUCUGACGAUGAAGUUAAAGCUCUGUUCCAGGCCACAUCAGAGAAUAAAAACCUCCUCCGACCUGAAGCAGGUGCAGCUGGAAAUGACCAAACUCUACCAAACAGUGAAUUGCCAGUGACAAGUGCCAGUGACUCUGACAAAGAGAAAUUCGAUGGCUGCGUACAGCUCCAGGAGCCACAACACAGAGAGAAAGAACCGAGUGCCGUUAAGGGCCCUCUGUCAGAAAGACCACCGUACUCCUACAUGGCUAUGAUCCAGUUUGCAAUCAACAGCAAGAAAAAUAAGAUGAUGACACUGAAGGAGAUCUAUAACUGGAUAGAAGACCAUUUCCUUUAUUUCAGAAAUGUAGCUAAACCUGGCUGGAAGAACUCCAUUCGCCAUAACCUUUCCUUGCACGACAUGUUCAUCAGAGAGAGCACACCAGACGGCAAGAUCUCCUACUGGACCAUUAAACAUGAAGCAAACCGCUGUCUGACAUUAGACCAGGUGUACAAGCCUGCCGUUGAUCCAUCGGCCUCCUCUUUCCCACAAGCCAUGCAAGUCUGUUACCAACAACAACAGAAGCGAGUUGUGGCUGAUCCUAAGAAAGCUACAGUCUGCACUACAGAGAGGAAAAUGUCCCCUCAGCAGACCUCCACUGCUUCCAAUCCCAUCUCCAGAUCAGGGUGCAAGAGGCUUUGCAUUGCUCCUAAGGUCUCCAAUGGUGAAUCCAGUGUGGUGGUGAUGUCUGCCCCGGUUGCUGAAGUACAGGAAGAACGUGUGUGUAUACCAUUCAGUGAACCCUGCAACAGCGAAGAGAAAGAGAUGCUCAGAAAGAGAUACAAGAGAAUCUCACGUCGGAAGCAGCGUCUAGUCCCACUUUCCCACGAGGAGCCUGUUCUGCUCUUUCCAGACAGCACCUUCUUCGAUUCCGGCUUGGUCUCGGAUGUCUCCGCCUUCCAGGAAAUGGAGUGCGAUCUGGAGCCCGGGCAUGACUUGCAGUUGCAAAGCGAAACCUUUAAAACCCCUGACAAAGGGAGCCACCCGGCUUCCUCCACACCCAGCAAGUCACUGGAACCGUGGGAGAUCACACCGCUGGAUCAAAGGAACUGCAGCAUUCUGGAUUUCAGCCCGAUCAGAACACCACCACAGAGGCACGAGCACAGCGAGUUGAGCUUCUGCAGCACGCCUUUCAGAGACCUGCCGCUGUUCGGUUCCCCCCGUGAGCUGCUCGCUUCCUGUUCCCACGAGCAGCAGACGGAAUCUAGCAACCACUCGCUCACCGAGGACUUUGUACUGGACACCAUGAACGACAGCCUGAGUAACAUCUUGGUGGACAUCAGCUUCUCUGGGCUGGAGGAUGACGACCUGGGCAUGGCCAACCUCAGCUGGUCACAGUUUAUUCCUGAGCUCAAAUUAGAUGCAUCACUUUAAAAAAAAAAACUCUAUUCAUGCUGCUCACAUGCUUUUUUUUAUCUGCCUCUUUGCAAUGUUUAUAUAUCUGACAGACUUUUUGACUUUCAGUCUUUCUCCAUGCACAGUUUUUAAAAUUUUGUAAUUUAAUCUCUAGUCUCUUCUCUAUUUUGAUGCACGGUGAGUCGGACAUAAAUAAAUAAACUGGACACAUUUCCUAUA